CUCGGCCGAGGGGGCCCAACGAGCCUCUGCGCCGGAGUCCCGGAGCCCCUAGCUACGCAAGGCUGGGAACGGACCCGACUCCCGCCUAGCCCCGCGUUGUGGCGCUCCUGGUGCAAAUCGGCCCGCGCAGGGUCCAGUGUAAAGGCCAAAAUAAGCUGGAGAUGCCUGUGCCUGCCCUGUGGAGAGGGGACAAGCCAGCAAGAGUCUCAUGGUAGAAUGGAGGACUUUACUAAUGCUACACCUUUGGACACUGGGCCUUUCUAUUUCUUUGAUCAGUGGAAACCUAAAAGGAAAACAUGGACUAAAAGAACCUGUGACAACCAGUUCUCCCACCUGAAAUAUAUGUCAGAAGAUGAGUUUGGUCCCAUAGAGGAAACAAAACCAAAAGAACUAAAGAAAGCAAGACUACCUAAAGUAGCUGAGUCUGAUAAAGAGGAUGAAUUCCCCGUACCCAGCGUCUCACAAUCUCCUAGUGUGCCCAAGCUUCCUCCUAAACAGAAAUUCUCCAAAAUACAGCUGACAAAGAACCUAUUUGAAGAAUACAAACUCACUGCACCUGAAAUACUGUAUGAACUUGGGGAGACAUUGCAGAAGUAUACUAAGUGUAACAUUACUUUCCCUGUGGGAAUUGUCAAUCUCAUGAAUUACACUUGGGAAGAUCUUACUGAAGGUGCUCAUAGAUAUGUAUCCAAAGAUUCAACAUUAGAACAAGAUAGUGCUUCGCAAGGAGAUUCCAAUUUCAUGACCUCAGUUGACGUAAUUGAACCCCAAAUCAGCAGCUGUUCAAGAAAAAUAGGUCAUAAGGAAAAUCACUCAGUUAAAGCAAAAAAAGACCAUGAUAUUGCAUCAAGUAAAUCUAUGGAAAAAACACUUCUUGUCAAGCAAAACCAGUCUUCAGAGAACUUUGAGGAUAGCAGUUCACUUGAUGUCAUCCACUUCUCACUGUCAUCUAAGAUCUGUUUGGAAAAUGAUAAGUUCACUUUACCCACCGAGGUCAACUCUGACAAGCAACCAGAGGAAAAAGAUUGGAUCUUUCAACAUCCUUACUCAAAACUGGAAAUUCUGAAGUGGAAGACACUCCUCAGUACUGCUGUGAAGAGACUACAAGUAGCCAUAAUUCAAAUAAAAAUAAUAGCAAUGAUGUUUAAUCAGGAUGGAGGAAUGGUGAUCAGCAAAAAAGGAAACAUCUUAAGGGAAUGGAUGUGGCCAUCAAAGGGAAAACUUGAUGAUCCAGUUGAAAUUUGGGUGAAUAGGUUCAUCACUGUGAAGAUUUCUGGGCGAUUUGCCAUCACUUUGGUCUACAAAUGGCAUCCCCAGAGCCUGAAGCUAUCUCUGGCACCUGUAAAAUGCAAGCCUUAUCUUCCAUGCUUACCUGAGGUGUCAUGCGCUGAUACCAAUCCCAACUCCAGAGAAGCCAGGGACUUAUUCAAGGCCUACAAAAUGAAGUGCAAGCAACUGAGAUUCACAACACAGAACACAGACCCUUCAAGUUUAGCAGAUUCAGUGGAUACAGAUACAUUUGAUCCAUCAAUGGACAUAAGCCCUUUGCAUGACAUUAUCACAGCUAUCAAAUUAAGAAGACUACAAAGGAAGGUCAAGCACAUCUUCUUUGACUGGCUGAAUCACUACAGAUUUACACUGGGAAUGGAAUCACUGCACAUCUGCAAAACACCCGUGUUUUUCCCACAAAAAGUGGUCAGGAAACAAGAAGUGUCAUCAGCAAAACUUUCUGUAAAACAAGGUACAAAAGAAAAGGAUGAAGAAAAGGAGUAUCUUCGAUACCGAAAUACUUUCUUGGAGCUGAAGGGUGUCUUUAAGCCUUUGCCUCUCCGUGGCAACCGGAGGACCCCAGCUGGCCAUCAGUCCCUCCGGUAA